AGAUUCCCUUCGCCAAGAAUUUGAUCCCGAUUGUCCAUUGGUGAGAGGAUGCGUCUUUCAAAUUUGGUAUCCUUUCGAUAUCAACAAAUACAAAUGGAUAUGCGACACGUUCGAUAUAGUCACCGUAUUUUGUGGAAUGAUGCUUUUCUCAUAUUACAAAACAUUCCCUUUUUCGUUGAUCAUUUUUCUCCUCAGCCAAAUCAAUUUGCUGAAGUACUCCAUCAAACAUGUCAAUAAAGUUCGUAAUGGGUCUUCAAAUAAUUUGUAUAAUGACAAAAGGGAUAGUUUUAAGAUUAGAGAGUGUCUACAAAUGCAUCAACAUUGUAUAAAGCUCAUGCAUUGGAUACAAUAUUCGUUGAAAGAAAUAAUUCUUAUUCAAUAUUGUAGCUAUGUUUUGGAUACUGCAGCUUUCAUGAUACCUACAUUGACGGAAGAUUCUCUACAAAUGAAAAUUCGAUGUUUCGCAGGAUUUAUCAUGACCGUAAUACAAAUGUAUUUGUUUUUUUGGUUCGCCAAUGAAAUACGAGAAGAGAGCAUAUCUCUAUCGGAUAUAAUUUACAAUGAAAUAAAUUGGAUAAACUCCAAUGGGCGUGAAAAAAAGAUGUUGAUGAUCAUGAUGAUACGUUCGCAACAAAUGAUGUCUCUGAAAGCUGUAGCAAUAGGAGAAAUGUCUCUUCAUUCUUUUACAAAGGUAUGUAAUAUUGAUAACCAUUUAAAUAAAUUGAUAAAGGUCGUCUUAAUAGUUACAGGCCUUUUAUAA